AUGUCUGUAAUCAAUAUCCUUUCCAGUGAAUAUGAAGAUCCCAAUGCAUUCAAGAACAGAAUUCCGACCAGCACUGAGCGCCAGUUUCUUCUCCUUCUCAUCUACGACCAAAAGGAAGAACUCGAGUAUUUGGAGUUGCGACGGAACAUGCUAGAACGGCAGAUUGCAAUGAAGAGGGCUGCUGCCGAUGAGCAUCAGCGCACAGUCACGAUGGCUAAGAGACUGGAAGUUCUCUCGCAUAUUACACUGGAGAAAAUGGACGAAAUCUCCCCCGGUAUUCACUCCCUCGAUGUCGACAGUGCCCUGUGGAAGCGCCCCACUACUACUCCGUCGAACGCAGUGUUUGAUACUUUACUAGCAGAGAGAAAACGUAUAGUCGAAACCCACCAUCUCAGCCUUGAAAUGUUCCAGAACAAUCUUGACCGUGUAGUACGUCAGGCAUUCGCCGCACAUGAAGAACUUGAAGCUACCCAGUCACUCCUCUCCGUUCUUCAACGAUCCCUCGCCUCGUUAAUCUUGCGCCAAUCUCAGCUUCAUCACGAGAUUCGCCUCAAGAAGGAUUUGAUCGGCCCGCGUCGUCGCGUUCCAUCGGACGUUUGGGCAGAGAUCUUUGGGAUCAUGGUCGAGGAAGAAGAAGCUGCCUACGAGUCAACCAGCCGCGAGGGCUCCCGCCUUUUCCGACACUCCGCCUGGCUUGUGUUUGUCAGCUGUGGCGACGCAUUGCUUUCAACCAGCCCAAACUUUGGAGGUUCAUCCCAAUUCCUCGAACACUCGAACUCUCUUUUGGCCGUUCGUCCAGUCGUCUACGUCGUGCCAGAUAGCAAGAGAGUAACUGGUUCAGGGAUACAUGUAGUCGAAUUACUGAAGAGAUUCACCUCCUUCCAAGUUCUGGAACUACGCGUAUCAAGAAGGAAUUCGGAGGCGGAGGACAUCCUCGCGGUACUGGAGGUUCCAAUCGUCCAGCUCAAAUUGAUUGGAACCCACAAGCGUGGAAGUGCGGGAACGUCCUGUCCAUUGAAGCGUAUCGCGCUACAACGGGUGCAAUCUCUGAGUUGCCUGCACGUCCAGCCAUCGAUUCGUAACUCGACGCCGGGCGAAGAAGAGAUGUCAAUCAUCAAAGUGGAUUUUAUACAGUCCAAUCUCGAUGCUCGUCCCACCAUUCUCUUCCUCGAAGCUCUUUCAUCGAUUCAAACCGUCUCGAUUACUCUUUCUUCACCCUUUUUCAUCGACGCAGAUGGGUUUCGGUCAUCAAUAACUCUGUCCUGCCUUACUAGAGUCGAGUUCUCCCUGGAAUUUGCCCAUUUGCUCUUCCCCAACGAAGUAUCCUUACCCAAAUUGAACACAGUCGUUAUCACCAGCAGUACCCUUGGAAGCUCCACCGCACUUGUCAACUGGACGACAUUCCUUUCCUAUCACAAGCGCCAAGAAUCUCUUAAAUCCCUCACAAUAGCCGCAUUGCCAUUUGGGUUGGAUUACCACGAUUCCUCCGAUUCCUAUUCCAGCAUCCUUCGGGAUAUAUCCAGUCUUACUCACCUUACACUUGUCGGAGAAGCAAUCGAGCCCUUCCUUCGCGACAUGCAUUUGGCUCUCAACACAAACCUCGAGCAACUCACUCUACAAAAGGCGAGACUCCCUUGUUUGCAACUAGUUGAACUUUUUGUCGACAUUCAAUCAAAGCUCCAUCGGCCAAUACCUACCCUAAACAUCUCUGGCACCAUGAUACCCUCUUGGGUCAUCGACCGCCUGGAAGCCAUGGGUAUACAUGUGACGUUUACAUAA